AUGGCUGAUCAACCGCCAGGCGCGGGCUUCAACCCUCAUGUUUGGGGCCAGUUGAAUGAUGCUGCAAGCCAAACUAAUCAGCGUCCGCGUGGUGGUCGUGGCCGUGGCCCUUCUCUGGGAUCCAGACAAGGACCUGGUUAUGGCACGCAACCCCCUUCCAUGAACCCGUAUGCUGCACCUAUGUCUCCGCCUUUCCAGUCACCCCCACCUUCUAUGGACUCCUUCCCACCUCUUGGUUCCCAAGCUCAGCCUGCCGCCACCGCAAAGCCAAUGUCACCGGUAUCUCCUCAGGCUUUCAAUCAGCCUCCCUCUCGUGGCAGCACCUACCACCGCGCACCCCCCAGAGACUUCUACCACAGAGGGCCUUCAAGUCCGCACGGUUAUGGGCACCACGGUCGUGGUCCACACUUUAACCAUAACUCUCGUUCUGCGCACCAGCAAUCGUAUGACAACUUUCGGCGACCUCCAGCCCCUGGAGGAAACCUCUACUCACCAACAGCACCACCUGCCAGCUUCUUAGGUCCAUUUCCAAGCUACGAUGACAAGGAACGAGCAUUUCGCGAGCAGGUUAUGGCGCAGUCUGACUACCUGAACAAGGCUCAAGUUGCAACUCGCCAAAAAUAUCAGCUCAAGCAAGAUGAGCAGAUCCUGAAGGAGGAUUUUCGUCGCCACCUAGAGUCUAUUUUCCAGCAAUCACUCGCCGAGAAAUAUCCAUCCAUUGCCGUCGGUGAAAUCCGCCUGAGAUGCUAUGGCAGCUUGAAUAAUGGCUUCGGCUUGGCGCAGUGCGAUAUGGACCUUUUGCUAGCACUCCCAGAGGAGAUCGACCUCAUCAACAAGGAUGCGCCAGAUGCACCAAACGACAAUGCCAAUCCUUCGGUCGACUCGUCGCAGCAACAGGGCGCCGCAAGUGCCGCACUAGAAGCUGUCAUUGAUCCCGAAACGGAUGACGACAAGUUCGAAGUCGCACUUCGGCUCGAAGGCGCCCUGCUCGAUCUUGGCAUUGGUGCCAGGUUGCUCACCAAGACCCGGGUCCCGAUCUUGCGCGUUUGCGAGCGACCUAACGAAGAACUGCUCGAAAACCUACGCGCCUACCGCAAAGAGACGUUGGAAGCUGCCGAGGCAUUGAAAGAAAAGACUGUCAACCAACAUGCAGACACGCCACCUGACCUCAGUAUGUCAGACAUCGCCUCUGCGUUGCAAGAGCUCUCCUCUGAAGAAGCAGCAGCACAAGUGAUCUUGCCAGCAUCCCCAUCAAAGAACAAGCAACCCAGCUUGGAGUUUACUGGCGACUGCGGGAUCCAAUGUGACAUCAACUUUACCAACUUUGUGGCCAUCCACAACACACGUUUGUUGCGUGAGUACUGCCUCUACGACUCACGCGUUGCCCAGAUCGGCACUUUCGUAAAAGCUUGGGCUAAAAUUCGAGAUAUCAAUACCCCUUACUGGGGCACGCUGUCGUCCUACGGUUACAUCCUCAUGGUCUUACAUUACCUCAUGAACGUUGCUCAGCCCCCUGUCAUUCCCAAUCUGCAGGACCUGGCUAUCACCCAAGAUUCAUGGAACCCCGAGCCUGUGCCAAAGUUCGAAGGAAAGUUCGAUAUUCGGUUCUGGCAAGAUCAGGCCACUAUUGAAGCAUAUAAAGCUCAGCAACCCCGCAAUCGAGAAUCAACGGGUCACCUCCUUCGAGGCUUCUUCUGGUACUAUUCAGCACGUGAAGGCUUCAACUUCAAGAACGAUGUCAUAUCUAUUCGUUCACGAGGCGGCAUUCUGAAGAAAUAUCACAAAGGUUGGACCGAGGCGAAGUGGGCGGAUCAGAAAAAGAAUGUUCGACAACGUUAUCUCCUUGCGAUUGAGGACCCGUUCGAGGUAGAUCACAAUGUUGCUCGCGUUGUGGGUCACAACGGUAUCGUAGCGAUUCGAGACGAGUUCCGUCGAGCUUGGAGUAUCAUCUCUAGCGUCGGCGGUCCCAACGCGUCAACGGAAGACCUAUUGGAUGUCGUUGAGGAGCGUGGCGAUCUGCUGCGUAAAGACCAAGAGCAUCACCGGGAGAAGAUCCGGAGAAUGAAGCAAGAUCUCGAGGCCAAGGAAAAGGAGGCGCUGAAGGGAGUCUCCAUGCAGAACGACCAGCAUGAGGGUGAGAAUCAGGAACAGAUCCAACAACAGCCUCCUGGCCAGAGUGAGAAGAUAGAAACCGGUACGUUAGAUCAAACACCAUGGUCGCAUCCAUCACCACCCUCGAAGCCCUCACAUCGUCGCCGAAGCCCGAAUCCCCAGCUGACUCAAGAUGAUGGAGGUACUCAGGUCAAACCUCGUCAUCUCAAGCGUGGUAGAACACGGAAAGUCAAGGCAGAAAGUGAUAACGAGGAUCAUGAUGAGGACAGAAGUGAAUCGGUGGCUCGGAUCGAAGCGAAAACAUGGCAAAGGUCGGGCGAUGUUGGCGAGCUGAAGGCAGAGGGCUCUGACAGUGAUAGUGGGCCAAUCUGCUCUCCUUCUGAGACUUGCUUGCGUCAAGGCUUCGACUCCAAUGGAAAUCCUAUCGCUUGGGACAUAUCAACGCAAGAUGGGCGCUGGUUACAGUGGCGUGAUAACAAGAUCCGUCAAGGGAGGUGGAGAGGCGUCGUGAACAAUCCGAGCCUUGCAGCCCAUGACAAAAGAUAUCCUUUCGAUCCCAGAAGACCAGCUCCGGAAGACUGUGAUGAGUAUCGACUUGCAAAUGAGCUCUUCUGGGUUAAUCGAGCUCCUUACCCCUUGAACAGGAAUCCCGACAUUACCUCUACAGAGACAGCAAUCGUGGCCGCCAUUCCGAAGCCUGGUGUCAUUAUCAGAACCCGCCAGAAGGGUCGCAGGAGAGUCGUGAAGCGCAAGUCGUCCUCUCCUACGGCCACGGGUCAUGAGCAAUCGUCUGGUCAAGCUCCUGCUGUUGCAAGCGAAAUCCCGGAGCAGCACGAUGUCAAGACCGACGCACCCGCUGCCAUCAACGAGAGUGAUGAUUGGGCGAAGCGGGCUGAAGCAUGGCAUCAGGACACUGAUAGAGAUACGGCAUCGUCUCAGGGUCCUGUCAAGCCCGAUGAGGCAGCGACCGAGGCGUGGGCAGAGAUUGCCCAGCCUGCACAGCCGCAUCCUGAGGCAUGGGACUCUGUUGGCUUCGAGGAGAGUCACACCGAAACGGAUCCGCGUGACUCAAAGGGCGAUGGCUGGGGUACUCCUCCCUCAUGGAAAUCAACAACGAUGGAUGUCGAAACGGCUUCAAUUUGCACAAAUCCCUAUCCUAACGAAGGGCCCUACUGUCCGAACGAUAAUACCCAUACGUCCAAAGAGUUUCGUAGCACCUUUAAGGGCUCGACACCGCCACAGCGACACUGGAGAGGUACCCGGCACACAUCAGUUGACUCUGACAUGAUAACGCGCGCACAACGCGCACGAGCACUGUCUGGACCACACCUCUCGAAUACUUUGCUCACUGGUGAUGCAAGGCUGGACCCACAAGACUGGUGGCAACCAGUUGGCCUGCCGAUUGCUUGGGACAUCUCUACGGCAGGUGGAACGUGGCUGAGGAAGCGAGAUACGUACAUUCGAUUGGGAACAUUCCAGUACCCAAGAGGUCCCCAUCUGCAGGCUUUGCAUAAGCUGUUCCCUUACGAUUCACGAAUGCCGCGAUGGAAGCUAGCAACACACAAUGCUCAGCUGCAAGCCUUUUACCGCUACUCUUUGUGGCCACAAGGUCUCCGGCCUCCCAUAUCUUCGGCCAGUCGUGGACAGAGAGGCGGUUCAUCUGCACCUGAGAUGAAUAUCAUACAACCGAAAGUUUCCACGCAAACUACGAUCGUAACGGACAGUGAAGAAUGGCCCCAAUAUUCACUGCUUCAGCGUCCACCGCCUCAUUCCAAAGCUGCAGAUUUUGUCUCCAUGUUCAGCCCUGAGGACCUCGCACACAAACCUCGAGAGGCUGAUUCAGUAGUCUCUGACGAAGCCGAGGAAAUGCCAGACUCGGCUUUCAUUCGAAGUCGUCGACUUGCGUACUUUGCCGACAAAGAGCAACGCGAAAAUGGUGACGAUGAGGCCGAAGACGAGGAGACGAUCAGAAACAUCAUGAUGUUCAUGCAACAGGCGGGAAUAGGUUCUGGGAAUGGAAUCAGCGAUGGAUCAAUGCAUCGGCGGAUUGAUCCUACAUCCAUGGCGAAUUACAAGCCCUAUUCUGAACAGCCAGGGUCGGGCGUGGGUUCAAUGACUACGGCAGAACAGAAUUCCUUCUCGACGUCAUUUGAUCCCGCUUGCGAGGCUGAAGGCAUGCCCAAGUAUCCGUCAGUGAACGCGGAAGAGACGUCGAAAGUCCCACUGACGCUCUAUCCCGAUAUUUCCGCCAACGACAGACCCAGAGAUGAGGAUCCAAGAAUCAUGCCAAUACCACGCGAUCAAGGAUUUAAAUUUGAUGUCAGACAGCUGCGAGAUCUUGCCGUCAUCAAGGAAGGAGGUAAUGGAUGCGCUGUUCAAGGCUGCGAAUUCGAGAUUGAGGGAGAACAUGAGUGGACCGGGAGCGGAGCAGUAGACUGGGUGCAAAGCGAUUUCGCAUACGAAGAGUCGAAGGUUUCGAUGGAGAAGCCUUAUGAAUAUGGAAGAGGUGAUGAGGAAGGUUAUCUGGAUGAGCUGCCCGGCAUGGGCAUCUAA